UAUUUUAUAACUGUAAAAGGCAGUCAGAAAUAAUCGAACUAGUGAUUUAGCCCGUUAUAUUAUACAUGUUGUAUGUAUGUACAUACAUGAAAGUAUACAAUAUAAACAUUUAAAGUGCGCAAGUCAUAAGCAGGUGCUCAACCCCGCAACUAUACAAAACUAACCCUUUCAGAGCUUUAGCAUGGGCUGCAGCGCUGCAAAAAAUUUAACAGUCGAGCCUUUAGAUGGCAAUAAAGUAACAGAAUUAUCUAACGGUAACGCGGAAACGAGAAAAAUUUCGAUUCCCAGGAGCGUCUCAGACGUACCACCACUAGAAGGAGAGGACCCACAGACUGAGAUUUUAGUUGAAACUGCCACUGUUAAUAAUAUACAAAAAGGAGCAAAUGGACUAUCAUUUGAAAUCGCAUUUCAAGACGAGGGAGAAGAGAGUAUCAUUAAAAAACAUCCACCGAAGAGAUUUCAGCGGUUGGAGGAACAACAAACCAGUCCGACUACGACUUUGGUCAAACUCCAGGAAAAACUCGACGAAGCUGAAAUUAGACGACAGCAGAUUUUGCAACAGCGAGUUCAGUCGGCUAAGUUUAGAAACAUUUUGAAAAAACAGUCGAGUGUGUCUUCACAAGAUGAAGAUCCUGGUCAUUUGAAGGUGCCUCCGGAUAUACCGCACCCGGCAAAUCCAUACGAUGUUUCAUAUAUUUAGAAUUGUUUCACAUUUUUUGGGGUGGUAUUUUAUUUGCACUUGAUUGAUUACCGGGAUUUAUAAGUAAAUUUGAAAAAAAUUUGGACUAACCGAGGAUUUAAAAAAGUGCGUACUAAAUUGACAUAUAAUUGUAUUUUAAUUUAGAAAGUAUCAUAAGGGAGCUAGAAGAAUAGAUUGUAAAAUUAUUUCUAGCUUAAUUUGCGAGCGUUUGUGGAGAAGGUCCGAUAGAGACAAACGAAAACUUGCAGUUCCUCCUUAAACGCUCGAGUACUUAAAACUAACAUCCAAAACAUCAAGUAAAGCUUGUAGUCUAUUUUAAUUUAGCUUUAUUAUCUCAUUUAGUUUAUACAGCUUCAUUAACAUUAUAUUUAUAAUACCCGUAACUUUUUUAGUGAUUUAAUGGGAAUUUUAAUAAAAUGUCUUUAUUAUAUUAGUAUAUAAAACAACAUUUUAUUUAUUAACAUCAUUUACAAACCACUAUUUAUAUCGGGAAUGGUAAAUAUUACAAAAGUCUCGUUCCUUGUGGUUUUAUUUUAUAAUAAAUUGUACCUAAUGUGCGUCGAUAGUUACAUUGAAAGUCCCAUUGGGUCGUUAUUAAAAUCGUCCAAAAAAAAAGUCGAUGGGAAUCAAGGGGCCGCCAAGGUGGCCGCUUGUUUCCUUUACAAUGCCACUUUGGGAACCUCAUGUUGUCUUUAGUACACCAAUCACGAUGAUUUAUUAAAUACGGUGAGAAUGGGAUCAAAGCAAAUUUGCGUCUUACUUAAUACCUGUAUCAAAUAUCACUUCUAGUUUGGCACUGGAGCAAAAAUCGAUGAAAACAAAAACAGCUUGUUUGUAUUUAAUAAAUCUUCGUGAAAAGUCAUUUUGUCUGAUGAAAUGAUUAUACAAUAAAACUAAAUUUCUUAAACGAAAUAACAAAUAAUUGAAUUAAUAUAAUUCCGUCAUGUUUUAAAUUUGUUCAUAGUACAAACAAUUCGAUGAAAUUUGGGUCAAUCAAGGGCCAAGAGAAAACAUCCAGGUGUAUGGGAGCGUAACAUCGAGAUGAUUAGAGAUUGUCAAAGUACAUAUGUUUUUUUCCAAUAAAUAACACGAAUUAAUAUUGCAAUGGAAAUUGGAAUUUAUUCACAGAGCAGAGUUGACUCAUGGAUAACAUCUAUGUAAUAUGAUCGUUGCGAUAAUUUGGCACAUUGUUCUUGUAUCAUCAUCAUCGGGAUGGGAAGAAAAUUAUUGUAUUGUAUAUUCGCUGAUUAUUGCUUCUAAACAUAAUCGCUAUACAUUGAGGCGCUACGAAGCUCCAGACAGGUCCCGGUGCUGUUUCCUGAACUGAAUAAAUAAUACAGUUGACAGUGAGCAGGCACAACACGUCAAUCGACAAGGAGAAAAUAGGAUUUUUGAAGGUAAUGAUGUGUAUUAUUUGUAUUAUUUCUUCGUUUCAGUUUUACUGGACCGUCGUUGGGUAAAAGACAAAGUCUUGCUAAUGUUAGUAUGAAGUUAGGCAAGUAUGUAGUGACGACGAUUCCUGGUCCUGCCAGUUCUUCCCGUCAGAUGUGGGAUGUGGAAGACAGCCGUCAGCCCGUCGAUUAAUGCUAUGGAUGUCCAAAGAUUGGUCUUGCCACGAACAAAUAAGACUAAAUCUAACACACAGCCUCUAUAUUAUGUAUAAAUAUCUUUUUUGUUAUUAAACCUACCAUGUCAGUCCUCACGCACGUUUUUAGAACACGGUUUGAGCGGUAUACAAUUACAAAUAUAAAAACAUCUAGAAAUAGUCCGGGGAGUUCGUUGCGGAUCCCUCGAGCGUCGGUCUGCCCGCGAAAAUCCACUUUGCUUCUGCACAAACAUCGGAAAUGGCCCUUUUAACGGCCAAAGUACAUCCGCAAUUCCAUCGCCACUUCCUCAACGUUAAUUGUAAAAGCCUCGAUUC